AGUGGUAAUGAGAGGAGAAUACGGAGCUGGGUUGUGGAAGCUGAGCAGCGAAGCAAUUCAUCGUCAUUGGAGUCGCCACAUUGAGGGGGAGAGAGGCAAGGGUAGAGGGCAACCCUUGGCUACAGUUCUGCUUCAGUCCGCGACGAGAGCUGCCGCCUGUAACAUCUCGCGGUGAUUUUACUUGCAAGUGUUUAUAGACGGGACCUGCUUAGGAAUUGUCCGCUGUUGGCACGAGCAUCGACGACAUGUCUUAUUUUAGGAGACCCAACCCGAAGAGCAAUUGGACGAGGCCAAAGCCCAAGAUUUAUGACUGCAAUGCUCGAGAUCUCGAGAAGUUCUAUCAAGACUCGUACAGUGAAUAUCUGAGUACCAAAAGUGAUCGUCAAGCCCGUGAUCUCGAUAGAGAACGACGUGGAGAUGCAGAACAACUUUCGCGUAGAUUUGAACAGCGAAGAGCAUCAUCGCUGGUGUAUGGAGAGGAUGAUACUCCCAGGACACAUCGUUUCAUUCCUAAUCGACAAACUUCGAAUGAUGGAACAAAUGAACAUUCCUUUCUGCGCUCCAGACUAGAAAGUUCUUUAGAAGAUGGAUCUGGACUAAGUAGCAGGGCUGCGGAUAGUAGAUCCUCAACGAGUGCAACUCGUCAUGUCUCUUUCAGCAGCACACUGAAUGCUCCCGACGCAAAUGCUGAAAUGGCAAGCAUUGAGACCCGCUUAGAGAGGCUUCGGAAGUUAAGAGAGGAUCUGGGACUACCAGCAGAAGCUCCUGGCAGUUCGUCCUAUUCUAAUUCAACAAGUUUGAGCAGAUCUUCUGAAAACGAAUCCAGUGGACGUGAAAAUAGUCGUUGGACCAGUUCAGUAUCAGCUCGUUCCAACAGUUGCUCUCGGGGAUCGCCCACUCAAACCUCGUCGACAACAUAUUCUUCAACUCGAACGGAAAAAAGUUCGAACCAUCGAAACGGUACUGAAGACAUGGCAUCAGGGUACAAGCCCAGAUCUAGCAAAACGACUGAAGAGUCAUCGUUCAAAGGAAGUUCACGCUCGUCUAGAAAUGCCAGCAGUGGGCUAGGGGAUCAAGCUUCCAGUUACUCGUCCAAGUCCAGUUACAGCGCUGGAGGAGACACCAACGGUUAUAAAGACUCGUACGAAAGCUCCUACAGUACGCGCAAAAACCGCGGAGUAGAGAAGCCUUCCCUCGAAGGAAUUGAUCUGGGCUUUGAUGAUGACGCGCUUCUGUUAGACGUAAAGAAGAAGUUUCCUUCUUCGUCUGAAAUCCUGGAGCGCAUCAAAAAUAUGGAUAUUGAUUAACGAUUCUUUUUUAGAAGCCUGAUAGUUUAAUUAUCUGGCACACGUUUUUUUACGAAAUAAGUUUCUUGUAAAUGAUGAUUUGAUACACUAUAGCCAAUUGUCAAGCUGGAAAAUUUUUUGCAUGAACAUUUAUUUUCAUUGAAUGCGUGUGAUUUUGUGGAUUUAAUCUUCCGUGGAUACCUGUCCGAUGCGCGUUAAAUGUUAUUGAACGUUGUGUUUCAAGCCAUGCAUUGACUUUAUAAAAGCACUAUGCUUGAGAAGUGACCGCAAUUUCUG